AUCAUCUGUCAGUAAGAGCGCGAGCGUUUUCAUGUGCACCUGAGACACACAUCUGUCUCGUGUUCAUAUAUAUCACAUUGCAACCGAGGAAUGCCUUUAUUACAACACUCCACAUACAAUGCUUUGUGACAACUGAUGGCAUGCUCCUGGUGGUCAUGAUCAUUGAGCUUAAUGUUGUGAUGACAUCCAGGUCCUGUACACAGACAGAAUAAACAGUCAGAUGAAUAAGCAGCUCGUAUACAGGCAUGGAUUUAAACCACACAAAUGGAUCUUUAUCUGCGGACGAACCCAUUAAAACCACUUGGGGUCUGAUUUUGCUCGCUCUCAUUCUUGCUGUGCUGGCUUUGCUGACCACCGCCAUGAACUGUUUGGUCAUCACAGCGAUCAUCGUCACUCGCAAGCUCCACCAUCCCGCUAACUACCUGAUCUGCUCCUUGGCUGUGACCGACCUUUUGGUGGCCAUAUUAGUUAUGCCCUUCAGCAUUGUCUACAUUGUGAAGGAGUCGUGGGACAUAGGUCAAGUGAUGUGCAACAUCUGGUUAAGUGUGGACGUAACCUGUUGCACAUGCUCCAUAUUGCACCUGGCAGCUAUUGCUGUGGACCGCUACCGUGCCAUCACGGACGCCGUGGAGUACUCUAUGAAGAGGACGUCCUUACGGGCCGCCAUCAUGAUCGUUGUGGUGUGGCUUCUCUCCAUAGUUAUCUCUCUUCCACCAUUGUUCUGGAGACACUAUAAGAACAAAGCCGAAAAUGACUGCAUCAUUAAACACGAUCACAUCGUCUUUACGCUUUACUCGACAUUUGGGGCAUUUUACAUUCCCCUGAUAUUGAUUCUCAUCCUUUACUAUAAAAUCUAUCGAGCAGCAAAAACCCAUUACCACAAGAGAGGGCCCAGCUGCCUCAAAAAGUCAGAGUUGAACGGACACAUGCUUCCGAAGUGCAGCGACAGAGAGCCGACGACUCCUGACACCCUGAGCCCCCCGGAGAAAUCGGUGUCUGAACCUUCCACCGAAGGUGACAGAGUGCGCAUCGCUGCCAAAAGCCCCGAGUCUCAGUCUAGUCGAAACCGGUCUCUCAAGAGACAUCGCAUCUCGACCACUCGUGAGAGGAAGGCGGCCACCACCCUUGGUCUCAUUAUAGGAGCAUUUGUUAUCUGCUGGCUGCCGUUCUUUAUCCAUGAGGUGAUUUUUAACAUCUGUACCUCCUGCAUCCGAUCUGUCCAGAUGUCCAACUUUCUUACCUGGCUGGGUUACAUCAACUCCCUCAUUAACCCCCUUAUUUACACCAUCUUUAAUGAGGAUUUUAAAAGGGCUUUUCAAAGGUUAAUCAAGUGCAAGAACUUUGUCUAACACAAAUGAAGUAUUUACAUCAUGUGUGAUAGUGCAUCGCCCUCUAGAGAUACUCUUGGCACUCUUUAACACAGUAUCAAUUAUUUGUCUGUACUCACUGAACUUUAAUAUAUAAAGUGCAUCAAAGCCUUACUCAAGAGUCACAAGUGGGAUCUUUAGACCCUGUGUUCACCAAAGUGUUGAAACAUGGCUAAGAACAUCAGGCGUUCUUCUAAUGCUGCUUUCAGACCAGCCACGGUAGAGGCAUUAAGCGUGAUUGAUUUCAAUGUUAAGUCAAUGUAAAGACGCAUUGAAACACAUCCGGAGGUCUUGCGGUGCGAAUGAGGCGUUUAGCGCGGUGCAUCUUGUUCGCGCGUAUGCCUUGAAUUGAGCAUUGCCACAAGAAACGCGCAAGUUGAAAAGUUUACACUUUGGCUGAAAAAUGUGCCGCGUUAACCAAUCAGGAGCUUGCUCUAGUAGUGACGUGAUUACAGGAAGCAAGCGGAGUCGCAGAAGCCUAUGGAAGGCCCUCCCAUGAUGCAAAUUUCCACGUGAAUGUGUCUAUGAUUAGAAUUUCUCGUGCGAAUAAAGUGAGUAAACUCAAAAUGUUCAAGUGGCAAACUAGACGCGGUACACGCUAAUUUGACGCCUCAAACGUGGCUGGUGUGAACCCACGGUGAAAACACCGGGCACUUGAUGAUACUUCUGUUUUGUUUAUUUGUAGCUAUACGAUUCACCAGUUGGUUGUACUGGAAUUUAUAUUACCCUAGGGCUGUAAAAAAAAUAAUUGUACAAAUGCGCGUUUUCUUAAUAAAUUAAUUUGAAUGAAUUAUGGUAAAAAUGCCGCCACAUCCAAAAGCCAGGUGGCAAUCUCGUGCAGAAACGCAAUUAUUGCCACAGAAGUAUCAUUACAAACGCCAUUCCAGGAAAUAUCUAGAGGCAUAUUUAUAUCCCUGUUCUUCAAAUUGUUUCAGGUAUUUUCAUGAUAAUAAAGAAUACUUUGAAUGAUUGUGUUUGACGAGUGUUGCUUUUUUAAAUGCACGUUAUAAGCGACUCAAACUUCAUAGUGAUUUUAGAUUGAUAAGGACUUCCUACUGAUCACAGAGCCGUAGUACACGCACAAGCUGUGCAUGAAACACAGAAUUGGAGCCUUGCGAUUCAGAAUCGAUUUCAGACAGGUAUUUUUAAUGGGCAAUGCCAUGCAUCGAUGCACAGCCCCUCCUCCACUGUGAUUGGAUGGCUGAGUAAAAAGUGACAUUGAAUUUUUUUUUAACUCUUGGUGAAAACGCAGCACUUUCAUUUGGAAACUACAAAAAUAUGCAGGCCUCAGGAAAUAAACGCUUUGGUGGACAUACGGCCUUAGAGUAACUAGACAUUUCCAACGCCAUCUCGUUGCAAUUCGUACGUAUUUUACAAGGUGGUUAAUUCAUAUUAAUUCGUACAACAAUAUUAGUAUAUUUUUGGACGAUUUGCUUUGACCCCUGUGAUGUUGGGGUUAGGGGUAGGGUUUUGUUAUUUUCUUUUUUUAAUGAUAAUCGUAAGUUUUUGCAUGGUUCAUUUGAAAUAAAUUCAUAUGAAUUAGCCAACUUGUAAAAUAUGUAUGAAUUCUUGUGAGGAUGUUUCUCAGAUAACUAAGGGUUCUCCAGAGGGUGUGUACAAAGUGUAUCUUAAUUUUUUUACAGUGUAUAAUCUGAAAAUAUGAAUGCCAAGACCAGAUGGAGGCAUCAUGGAGACUUAACAUAACAGCUUGUUGGGGUUACCUACAAAUGAAUAGGUAAUCCUCUUGGAGGAUGCCUGCAAUGAAAAUGAAUAAUUCGGUGAGAUAAGAUAGAAUAAUUUGUAAGAAAUGAUAAUUUAUUUUAAAAAUAUGUUUUAUGUUUAGUUAAAAAUCUGUAUAUGCAACUAACUAGAGCUGAAGUAUAUUUUUGUGAGUUUAACAUUAUAGACUGUGAAGUUUAAAUUGGACAUUCAGUUUACAACCAUCAAAAUCCAUGAACAUGUGAAAUCUGUCAAGAAAUAAUAUAUGUAUAUAUGCAUAAAUAAUGUACAAAUGGAUUUGUUUUUUAUACUUUUUGUAGAUAGUAAUUGCAAGUCAAAACAAAAAGUUACAUUUGAUUGGACUUACAUAUCUGUUUUGUCUGUUAUAAAAUUUGUAGUUUGAAGUUGCAAUGAGACCAAAGAAGUGAACGGAGAACUUAUGCUGCGUACACACCAAGAGCAAAUCAUUGCGUACCCCGCUCUGGAUUACUCUCGGGAUUUAAUGUUGCAUCAUGCAAAUGUUUUCACUUGAGUUGAAUAUUUUCAACUUGGGCAAAUAGCGAGUUUUCCCUGCAAUCACGUGAUUUUGUAUGUAAUAUACUUGCGCAAAUAGCUAAAUUCGCUUUUGGUCUGUACGCAACAUAACUUUACAUAAAAAUUAUACAUUUAAGCUCUUUGAAGUGUAUUGCCUGACAAGAGCCCAUGGUUUUAAUG